AUCACAGUAAAAGAUAUUGAAGAAUUCGAAAAGAGUUACAAAGGUUCAGAAGAAGAGCUAGCUGAUAUUAAAGCAGCAUACACACAUUUUGAAGGGGACAUGGACAGAAUAAUGGAGUCUGUGCUGUGCGUGCACUAUACAGAUGAACCAAGAAUACGGAAGAUCAUAGAAAAAGCUAUUGAUGCUGGAGAAGUCCCGGCCUAUAAAAGUUUUGUACAAGAGCCUAAGCGGAAAAUGAUGGCAAGAAAAAGGCGGGCAGAAAAAGAAGCUGAAGAGGCACAGAAGACUAAAGAUGAACUGGGCCUUGGUGGAGAAGAUGACUUGAAAGCACUGAUUCAAAGCAGAAAUAAAGAUCGAAAAAAGGACAUGGAUGACUUUUUGGCCCAACUGGAAGCAAAAUAUGGGAAAGAUGCUAAAAAAGGAGGAAAGAAGACUACAGCCAAGAAGGGAAAGAAAUAAAGACCUGUGUAGGCUGAAAUACUUAGUAUCACUUUGUAUGGGAGCGUGUAGAUUUGGGAGAAUUUCAGUUUUUCUGGGCUACUGUUUCGGAGUGUGUGUGCAUCAUUUUGCUGUGGCUGGGAGGUAUGAAUGAGAAAGAAAAAGCAUUCUGGUGCUACUGUUUAAAAUCCUUCGGGUGCUCUUCAGCUAAGAUCAAACAGAUGCCUGACUAGAAGUUUUGUUGCAGUAGGGAAGCGCUGUAAGGUUUGGGAUGGUGGCGAGUUCCUUAAACUCGUGUUGAAGCACCUUCCAUUGAACCCUUGAUGGGCGUUGUACGGCUGGUGGUUACUCAGUGUAAUCCCUCCCCUAUGAGAGUCCUCAGUGCUGACUCCUCUCGUUUCUGAGUUGGAAACCUUACCUUUUUGCUAUUCACACAUUUCUUGUCUAACAGACCUCCUGCUGUUUUUAAAGGUCUUUGAACUUCAGCUCAACUGGUUUUAUAAAGAUACUUUGGAAAAUUGCAGAUUUAAUAAAUGAAUUUUUGCAGACUUCUGCGCUAUGUUGCUUUCCCAGCCCUCUCUCUGUUUUCUAAUGAGCUGUUCAAAACAAACUGAUGGUGUUGACUUUUCUCACUGACUUAGGUAAUGCAGCAGCUGAAAAUCAGGUGAUACUGUGAACUGUGGCGGCAUUGGAUCAAAGUGCCACAUGGCAUUUGGUCUUUGAUGGCCUGUGGCGGAUGCCUGAGGAAAAACAGGAGACUGCAGCAUGUAUGUCAAGGUGCAGAAAUUCUCUUAACGCACUGAAGUGACGUAAUAAAGUUAAAAAUCCACAGAACAGAGUCGGUUCUGUAUUUCUAGGGUUCAUGAUGUCCCAUGACAAGGAGUUCCAAAGCUCAGCUUGUUAUUUCGUAGCAUUGCAGUCAAGUCUGCAGGGCCCUAGCGAUUAGCUACUUGGUUAUGUUUGUCAACACUUGUGUUCGUUUGGAAGUGAAUUACCCCUGUAAGAUGUGCAAAUACAUCAGCUGUUUUUAAACCACUUGACAUGGUGUGCAGGGGUAGGAAUUUGAGGAGUAACUCAUUUUCAGCUCACCCUAGCUCGGAGGAAUGAGGCUGGCUUUAUUCUGUGGACCAUUUUGCAAAGGGUUAUGAGCCACACAGUGACAUUUACUCUUGAGUUGAAGGUCCUCAUUGCUUCAGUGAUAGCAUCCAGGACUAACAGAGCUUCCUGGGGGGAAGCCAGAGGUGGAUGGUAACUCUGUUCCUGUUUACCUGGCCGCUUUCAAAAAGAUUCUGAGAGUACAGCAUAUCCUUACGUUGCACAACGCAGGACUGGAACGUUACUUUUACUACACAAAAUAGAUACCUAACAGUCCAGGAGAAGUCUUUGGUGUCAAACGUUUAUACAGAAACCAGAAAUUAUCUUCUGAUGAAAACUGCUUUCACUUUUUUAACACACCAACUCUUGGCUAAAAAAUACAACAUUACGUUACUAGAAGUCUAUUCAAGUUUAUUUAUUUUUGUAACUCUUAUGCACUAGGGCUACAGAAAACAAACUUGGUCCCUGAGGAAUGGCACUGAUACAAACGGGAUGCUUAUCCAGUUAGCUUGAGGUAACUAAAUACCACACUGUACAGCGUUCCAGUAGUCUUAGCUGUUAAGAGAAAUGGUGUCAGUGAAUAGAGGCCUCUCUUUAGCAUCAGUUUAUCUCUAUGGAAACUUAAGAGAUUUAGAUUGAGAUCAGAGUACACACACCACACCCCCACACCCCCCCCAAAAUGCAAAGGAAAGCUAACCCAGUUACAUUUGCACAGUGCUGCUUUGCUUUCUUUUCCUUUCUUUUUGAUUAGAGCAAGCUUGGAUCAACUGGACUCAAGAACUUCAAUACUGAUUAAAAACUAUUAGCUGUUCUUACAUUUGAUAGAUGGCAUAACUUAGAGUGGGGAAGUAGGAGCCACUUAAUAAUACUGGCAAGUUUUUUCCUAUUACAAAUUGUAAUUUGAAAAUUAUUAAUAAGGAGAUUUAGAAGAAAGUGCUCUUUAAGUGGAUUAUGAAGGACCAACUGUUUUCAUGUAGUGUCCUAACUGUUAACAUACAGUAAGUGGUUAUCCUCGCUCUUGUCUUUACGCUCACUUGUUGUCUGGUGUUUACUGUUUAGGGAGUAAGGCCUUCAACUAAGCACUUAUUUUGAGAAUAUAUUUUAUGUUUUUGUCUUAUCUGGAGCCACAGGGGCAACUACAGGGAACACUGCUGGUACAUCUGUCUCAGUGCAGAAAACAUCUACUAAAAGCUAUAUUGCAUCUGUGGGCUGCGGAACUUCACUGCAGAGUGCAGAAAUCUUGUAUAAUUGCAGGUAAUUUUAGGGAGACUGUCCUAUUUUGUGAAAUUACCAUAAAAUAUCUCACCAGGAAGACAGUGUGCUUUCUUUGAAUGCUGUCUCUAACUACAUGCAGUAAGAGUCCUUUUCCCCUCAAACCGUCUUCAGUCACUGAGGAAGAGGUAUAAGUAUGUAACACAGGAAGAGUCACUAGUGUGCUACCCUUAAAGCCAUCAAUUCUUUGCUACCUUAUUUGUAACUGUGUAAAAAUAUUCUGCAAUUAUCACAGGAUUCAUAACUUGUCUAAAUGGAGUUGUAGAAGCAGUAUUGUGUAGUGCUUGCUUUUGAUAGUGUAAUAUUGCUUUAAACAUAUAAAUACAGCUUCUAAAAUUAAAAUUACUACUGUUACGGAAAACCUGGUUAAUCUUCUGUAGAGCUAACAGAAAA